AGUCCAAACUCUGGUAGAGCAACAUCCCUGGACUUUACGCAAAAUGUGGUCGUUAAAAAUAGUGGUGCUGACAGCCUUUAUAGUGGCUCAGGGACACGGGAGACCCAACAACCAGCCGCCAGCACCUACACCCUCCACUACUAGUAGUCCUCCAGCUACUCCGACCCAACCCGGUGCUAGUGGCAACGGAGCAAAUAGGACGCCACCACCUACACCCUCCACUACUCCUACAGCUGCUCCGACUCAACCUGGUCAUAAUGGCAAUGGAACAACUGUGACGCCAGCACCUACACCCUCCACUACUAGUAGUCCUCCAGCUACUCCGACUCAACCUGGUAAUAGUGGUAAUGGAGCAAGUGGGACACCACCACCUACAACUGCCAGUCCAGUUACACCGACCCAACCCGGUGCUAGUGGCGGAGCAAGUGGGACGCCAGCACCUACACCCUCCACUACUAGUAGUCCUCCAGCUACUCCGACCCAACCCGGUGCUAGUGGCGGAGCAAGUGGGACGCCAGCACCUACACCCUCCACUACUAGUAGUCCUACAGCUGCUCCGACUCAACCCGGUGCUAGUGGCGGAGCAAGUGGGACGCCACAACCUACACCCUCCAGUACUAGUAUUCCUUCAGCUGCUCCGACUCAAUCCGGUGCUAGUGGCAACGGAACCAGUGUGGCGCCAUCAACUACACCCUUCAGUACUAGCAUUCCUUCAGUUGCUCCAACUCAACCCGGUGCUAGUGCCAAAGCAACAAGUGUGGCGCCAUCAACUACACCCUUCAGUACUAGCAUUACUUCAGUUGCUCCAGCUACAAGCACUGAGAGUUCAAGUCAAACAAAAGAGGAGAAGCGCAUGAGUCCGCUGGCCAUUACAGGCAUAGUUAUAGGUGCGAUAGCGGGUGUCGCCGCCCUGGCUUGGAUAGCAUAUAAGAAAUUUGUGUGAGUUUAACAGUUCCAGUUGUAUAUAGCUUCAGCUAAAUAAACUAAGGCUAGUACUAUUCAACUUGUUGUAAUUAGUCAUGUAAAUAAAUCUUCCCUAAACUAAUGUUGAUGUAAAUUGCGAGCUAAUAGACUUAUUGAUUAAAAUAUGUUUACGAUUUAACAAACACGACCUGCAAUGUAAUGCAACACUGUAUCACACCCUACCUCAUUUUUAGUACAUUGUAACCCAAACAAACAUUGUUUGAAUAAUAAAUGAGUAUUUU